AUGUCCCCCCCAUAUCUCCCCCAUAUCUCCCGCGUAGGCAUCCUGCUCUUCGGCCCGCCUGGCACCGGGAAGACCCUCGCUGCGCGCGCCGUGGCCAACCGGACCGACGCGUGCUUCAUCCGCGUGAUUGGCUCCGAGCUGGUGCAAAAGUACGUCGGCGAGGGGGCGCGCAUGGUCUUCCAAAUGGCUCGCUCGAAGAAGGCGUGCGCAUCGUCCUUCUCGACUCUUGGCCUAGCGUGCAUCGUCUUUCUCGACGAGGUCGACGCGAUUGGCGGCACGCGGUUCGACGACGGCGCGGGGGGCGACAACGAGGUGCAGCGCUCGCGCACGAUGCUCGAGAUCGUCAACCAGCCGGCGCGCGGCAACGUCAAGAUUCUGAUGGCGACCAACCGCCCCGACACGCUCGACCCGGCGCUGCUGCGGCCGGGCCGCAUCGACCGCAAGGUCGAGUUUGGGCUGCCCGACCUCGAGGGGCGCGCGUCCAUCUUCCAGAUCCACUCUCGCUCGAUGAACUGUGCGCGC